AUGGAGUGGGGACGGGGACGGGGGAAGGAGCGGGCGGGGUGGCGUCGGGGGUGUGCGGACGCUGUGUCAGAGGGCGGCUGGGGCGCGGUGGCAGAGUGCGAGUGCGAGUGCGGGGGCUGGCGGCAUGGAGGGAGAGAGGGCCACGGUGAGCGAGAGCACGGGGCGACGACGAAGGAAGACGAGAAGGGCGAGAAGAAGGCCGGCCGGCCUGUGCGUGCGUGUGUGCGUGCGUGCGUGCGUGCGUUCGCGGUGACGGCAGCACGGCGGCGGGGGCCAGAACGGCAGUCGCUGGCCGCCCCCGCGCUGGGAGGGACGACGGGGCUCACCUGGACGCGUCGACGGCGGUGGUGCCCAGAGAGCACGGGCAGGAUCAGAAAGAGAGCGAGGAGUGGAGAGGCAAAGAGCGAGAUGCCCGCUGCGAUCGGCUGGCCCCUCCGCUCUGCUAAUUCGAAUCACUCUGUCACCGGCUACAUCCCUCUCCCGUCCUCUGAUCUCCCUCGCCCUCGCCCUCUCCCCGUCGCUCUCCCCUCUACCAUCCACGUCCAUUCCACGCUAUCUACAGCACACACACUCCUCUAUUAUCUACCCGCCCGAGCGAGCCCAGCAACCCGCGGCCGCCGCCCCGCUCCAUGUUUCACCGCCAUCCCGCACAUGCCCCAGCCCCCCUCCCACCUGUCAAUCGCCGGUGCCUGCCUCGUCCACCCACCCACCUGA